AUGCUGCCCGCGGACAGCAGUCGACUGCCACAUCCGUCGCACCCGCCACCACCGCCGUCCACUGCCCACCACGCGAUGAUCCGGCCAGACGGUCCGCGUCACGGCGGCCACGACCCGAGUCGCGGCCCGAGCUCCCCCCACGCGGCCUACGGGAACUUGGACUCGGUCCGCCGUCCAGGUCCCCCUCCUGCGCCAAUGCACGCGGCGUUUCCCCAUUCGGACGACAACGGCGUCGUGCCGGUCAAGCCGAAGAUUGCGCUCUUUGACGCCAACUCGGAGGUCUCGGCGUCCGACGGCUUCCGCCAGCGCGCGGCGUUGCAGACGUGUUCCAUCAGUUGGCAGCACAUUUCGUACUUCAUUCAGUCCACCGACCAAACGCGGGGAGGGGGUCACGGAGGCGGUCCGGCCGCCGGUCGCACCUCCUUCUGCUCGACGUACGGGUCGUCGAAACGCGCGUCGGAGACCUCGUCGCUCGAAGCGCAGUUCGAGCGGCAGCAGCCCCGCAAGAUCCUCAACAACGUCUGGGGCCGGUCGGGCCCGGGCGAGUUGACGGCGAUCCUCGGGCCUUCGGGCGCCGGGAAGACCACGUUGCUCGACAUGUUGGCCGACCGCGUGCCGUCGGGCGGCUCGGGCGUGCACUUGGAAGGCCUCGUGGAAGUGAACGGCCAGCCGCGCGACCUGCGGACGUUCCACUCGAUCAUGAACUACGUGUCGGAGGACAUGGCGUUCCUCGGGGCGUUCACAGUGCUCGAGACGCUGCAGAUCGGUGCCGGACUGAGCUUACCGGGGCACAUGCCGCCCGUCCAGCGGGAAGCGCGUAUCCACGACGUGAUUGAGGCCAUGGGGCUGCGCUCGUGCGCGAACGCGCGGGUGGGCGACGUCUUCCACAAGGGCAUCUCGUCGGGCCAGCGGAAGCGAUUGGGCAUUGCGCUCGAGCUGCUGUCGGACCCAGCGCUGUUGUUGCUGGACGAGCCCACGUCGGGUUUGGACUCGUCGUCGGCGCGCGGCGUGAUGCAGUACAUUGAACGGCUGUGUCAAGAAGGCGGGAAGAACGUCGUGUGCACGAUCCACCAGCCGUCGUCGUCCAUCUACGGCAUGUUGACGAACCUCAUUAUCCUCAGCGACGGCGAACUCGUGUACAGCGGCCCGACGAACGCUGCGAUCGCGCACUUCUUCGCCAUGGGCUACGUCUGCCCCAUGUACACGAACCCGGCCGAGUACUUUGUGCACCUCGUGAACACCAACUUCCACGACGGGUUGAAGCUCGAGCCGUUCAUUCGGGCGCUCAAAGAGAGCGCUGAGCCCCAGCGGCUGCGGGCCGACGUCGUUCGGGACCGCGCGUGCCGCGACCACCUCACGAAUCCCGAGCUCUUGAAGGCCAUGCGGCCGUGGCCCAUGGACCAGUUUGUUGUGCUGCUGAAGCGCAACUUGACCAACAACUGGCGCCACCCGGGCGUGUUCUGGCUGCGCGUGCUCAUGUACGUGCUGCUGUCGCUCAUGGUGGGCACCAUGUACCUGAGCUCGAACAGCGGCAUCAAAGACGCGUCGAUCGUGCCGCUGCUCUUCUACGUGCAGGCGUUCCUCGUCUUCAUGUCCGUGGCGGCGCUCCCAGCGCUUUUGGAACAUCGCGCCGUCAUGGAGCGCGAGAUGCGCGCGUACGCGCUGUCGCUCACGGGGUACACCAUGUCGAACCUGCUGGCGUCGCUCCCGGGCAUCUUCCUCAUCUCUGUGCUCGCGUCGGUGAUUGUCGUGUUUUUGGCGCAAGUGCACUCGUUCGGCACGUUUUUGCUCAACCUGACGCUGUCGCUCAUUGCGGCCGAGUCGCUGAUGCACUUGUUGGGCGCUGCUGUGCCGCACUAUAUCAUGGGCAUAGCUUUGGGCGCCGGGCUCUUUGGCAUGUUCAUGCUCUGCGAAGGCUUUAUGGUGCCGUUCGACGACAUGCCCGUGUACUGGAAGUGGGGCUACUACAUUGCGUUCCACACGUACUCGUUCGAGGCGUUCAUGUACGAGCACUUUUCGACCCUCGAUACGCCCGAAGCGUGGGAGCUGCUCAAGCUCUACGGCAUGGACAAAGUGAUCGUGUGGCGGGACAUGGUGAUCCUGGCGGGGUACUCGGUCGUCCUGCAGGUCCUCGUCAUUGGGGCACUGAGUCUCCGGUUCAAUCGACACCGGCGCCGUUAG